GGACAUGAUGAUAGAUGGAUCGGAGGGGGACGCUGGGGGGAGGCGUAGGGGUUGGGGGUCCGAAGGAUUGCACGGGCGAUGGUGUUUGCGGGAAGUUCUAGUGCAGAGCUGGCCAGGGAGCCUUCUAUUCAAAAUGACGGAUAGUUCCCAGGGUUCACGUCGAGCAAACAGGCUGAGCAAGGAGUCAGGAUGGACGGAAACGGGCGGAAAUGGAGAUUGGUCAUCGACGCCUUCACGAGUGAUUCGACCCAAGGCCCAGUAUCGGUGGCGACUCUGCCAAUCACAGGCCGCUAGGUGUGUGGCCAAUCACUUGCAUCCAAAAGUUCCCACCGUUUUGGAAUUGGCACGUGACUCGUUCAGGUCGUUUCAAGGGAGCUCCAGAGCUCGACAGCUGCCGAUCACAUGCUCCCCACGCGAGUGUGUCUGUCCGCUGGGAACUGGAAUGGGCGAUAGUCGCCAGUUGUAGGCGCGUUAGGGCUCGGCAGGAUACGCACAGUGCCGAAGAGUCGCACGGCGAAAGCUGCAGAAUGGCCGCCUACCGGGGGUUUUGGCGCUCAAUCCAGCAGUAGAUGGCCGUGGAUGGCAGUGGAAAGCUCCAGAGGCGUCGCAUUGGGUAGGUAAAGGCGAGCAAAGGCGGGUUAUAACAGUGCCCCUCUGAGGAUUCUGGUGC